UCGCAAAACCCUCUCUGCAAGAAGAACCCUAAAAGCUAAAACCUUUUUUGCGGUCAAAAUCGAAAUGGGGAAAGUUCCGCCGUCGUUUCGCUCUUUUACGACGACCCAACUGGUCAGAAAACCCACACCAUCUCCUCCAGCGCCGCCGCGUGAUUUUCGUAACAGAACCGCCGUGAGAGAUUCAACUAGACUCCCCCAGACUACUCAUCAACCACUUCAUCGCGAGCCUUUUAGGAACCCUUUCAAGUCACCAAGUCUCUCAGACGCCAAAAGCCUCUUCAAUUCAAUCGCCGCCACUUCGAGAAUCCCACUCGAUCUCAAAUUCCACAACUCUGUUCUUCAAUCCUACGCCUCAAUCGCCGCCGUCGACGAUACCGUGAAAUUGUUUCAGCACAUCUUGAAAUCUCAGCCUAAGUUCUCACCUGGGCGUUCCACUUACCUUAUCUUGCUCUCACAUGCUUGUAGAGCUCCUGAUUCGUCGAUUGCGAAUAUUCAUAGAGUUCUUAAUCUCAUGGUCAAUAGUGGUUGCGAGCCUGAUCAUGUAACAACCGAUAUCGUGGUUAGGUCUCUUUGCGAAACGGGUCGGGUUGAUGAAGCUAAGGAUUUGAUGAAGGAGCUUACGGAGAAACACUCGCCUCCUGAUACGUAUACUUAUAACUUUCUACUUAAGUAUAUGUGCAAAAGCAAAUCACUUGGUGUUGUUUAUGAGUUUGUUGAUGAGAUGAGAGAGUCUUUUGGUGUGAAGCCUGACCUCGUCAGCUUCACUAUCUUGAUUGAUAAUGUUUGUAACUCUAAGAAUCUGAGGGAGGCAAUGUUUUUAGUUGAUGUCUUAGGUAACUCUCAUAAUGGGUUUAAGCCUGAUUGUUUCGUCUAUAACACCAUUAUGAAAGGGUUUUGCACACUGAGUAAAGGGAGUGAGGCGAUUGGUGUUUAUAAGAAAAUGAAGGAAGAAGGUAUUGAGCCGGAUCAUAUUACUUAUAAUACUUUGAUUUUUGGGUUGUCGAAAUCUGGGAGAGUUGAGGAAGCUAGGAAGUACUUGAAACUUAUGGUUGAAGCUGGUUAUGAGCCAGAUACUGCUACUUACACGUCGCUGAUGAAUGGAAUGUGUAGAAAAGGCGAGACUUUAGGUGCGUUGAGUUUGUUGGAAGAGAUGGAAGCGAAAGGGUGUGUUCCAAACGAUGUUACUUAUAAUACUUUGCUUCAUGGAUUGUGCAAGGCGAGGUUGAUGGAUAAAGGGAUGGAGUUAUAUGAGUUGAUGAAAGCGAACGGUGUAAAGCUUGAGACUAAUGGUUAUGCUACGCUUGUGAGGUCUCUGGUUAAAUGUGGCAAGGUGGCAGAGGCUUAUGAAGUGUUUGAUUAUGCAGUUGAGAGUAAGAGUUUGACAGAUGCUUCUGCGUACACGACUCUUGAAACUACCUUGAAAUGGUUGAAGAAAGCGAAAGAAAAAGGCUUGGUUGUCUAAGUGCUGCAGGAAGAGACUGUGAACAAACUUAUCUUAUAUGUUCUGUUUUAACACUAAGCAGCCAAGUGCAGAGUAUCAUGAAUUAUCAGUUGAAAUACAAAACCAAAUCAUUGAGGGGGCAAGAAAACAGAGGACAACGUUUGGUGGAAUCAUGAAGUAGACUUUUCACAAAUGGUCAACAACAUUAUGGUAUUAGUCUAUUUCAUUUUUCUAAGUGACCAAUUCCAAUCAUUUGGUGAAUAUACUAUUUUGUUUAUUUUGAUAUCUCUUCUGUCAUGUUUCAUUAUCUAUUGUCUCCCCACCAUUAAACAAUAGAACACUACGGAGAAAAUACACGUAUUGGGAAGAAACGUACGUACCGCGAGGUCCACGAAUACAAGAUUCUGAUACCCUUAUUGUAAAACGCAUAGAUUCUUAAAUCAGUAAAUCUACAAUAGUCUCCAGCUUUUUUCUUGAGUAGUAUAAGUUUCUCCGA